AUGUGUGAGCUUGGCUGGGCCAACUCUGUCGUCAGUCCUGCAACCCCGGCUGUGCAGGGAGCUCUUGGCUGUCUGCCAUGCAACGAAUACGACCACGACCACGGUGACGACUACGGCUUCGGCUUCGACUUUGGCUUCGACCGCGACUCGACAGCAGACCAAAGCGGCUACAGGCUUGGGCUUGGGAGAGUCAACUAUUGA